AUGGCUGCUACCAAUGGCACCCCCGCCAACGACUUCACCGUCAAGGCCGGCCUAGCCCAGAUGUUGAAGGGUGGCGUGAUCAUGGACGUGGUCAAUGCCGAGCAGGCCCGCAUUGCUGAAGAAGCCGGUGCCGCCGCCGUCAUGGCGCUCGAGCGGGUCCCGGCCGAUAUCCGCGUCCAGGGCGGCGUGGCGCGCAUGUCGGACCCUAGCAUGAUCAAGGAGAUCAUGGAGGCUGUGACCAUCCCCGUGAUGGCCAAGGCUCGCAUUGGCCACUUUGUUGAGUGUCAGGUGGGUGAUCCUCAGAGUGGAAGUGAAGGGUUAAAGAUCAAAGACAAAAGACUAACACGGCGGGCACCGACACAGAUCCUCGAGUCCAUCGGCGUCGACUACAUCGACGAGUCAGAGGUACUCACCCCGGCCGACGACGUCUACCACGUCAGCAAGAGCGGCUUCAAAGCCCCCUUCGUCUGCGGAUGCCGCAACCUUGGCGAAGCACUCCGCCGCAUCUCCGAAGGCGCGGCCAUGAUCCGCACAAAGGGCGAAGCGGGCACCGGCGAUGUCGUCGAAGCGGUGAAGCACAUGCGCACCGUGAAUGCGCAGAUCUCCCGCGCGCGCGGCAUCCUGCUUGCGAGCCAGGACCCAGAGCCCGAGCUGCGCGCCUUUGCGCGCGAGAUCGAGGCCCCCUACGAACUUGUCCGCGAGUGUGCGGAGAAGGGCCGGCUGCCGGUGGUUAACUUUGCUGCUGGUGGUGUGGCUACCCCGGCUGAUGCGGCGCUGAUGAUGCAGCUGGGCUGCGAUGGGGUGUUUGUGGGAUCGGGGAUUUUCAAGUCGGGCGAUGCGAAGAAGCGCGCUAGGGCGAUUGUCCAGGCUGUUACGCACUACAAGGAUCCCAAGGUGCUGGCGGAGGUUAGCCAGGGGUUGGGUGAGGCCAUGGUCGGUAUUAAUGUGAAGUCGAUGGCUGAGGGCGAUAAGCUGGCGGGUCGCGGUUGGUAG